CAGCGCUCCCUGUCCCCGCCCCGUGGCCGGCUAGCUCCACUCCCACUUCCUGAGCCUGGAGCCCUGGAGGCGAGGCCAGGCCAGGCCUGGCGGCUCCGGCCCCGAGGGGCACAUCGGCCCGAGUCCUGUCGCAGCCCCUGGGCUCAGGAGGCUGCUGCCACCACUGCCCCAGACAUCCAGGCCUCCCACCUUACUCCCAGGCCUCCACCCAUCUGGUCGGCUGGCCGACUGGCCGCCAUGCGCCUGCCGUAUGCCGCCUCCCUCUGCAGCCUGGCCUGGGGGCCACUCAUACUAGGCCUCUGCAAUCUCCUGGCAGCGUUCCAGCCCCCACUGGUGCCCCCGUACCACACGGAUAAGGAAACCUGCCGGGACCAAGAAGAGGAGUACUACGAGUCCAAGCUCAAGGCCUGCUGCUCCCGCUGUCCCCCAGGCACAUACGUCUUAACUGAAUGCAGCCUCAGCCAGGACACAGUUUGUGCCGCGUGCUCUGAAAAUUCCUACAAUGAGCACUGGAACCAUCUCUUAUCCUGCCAGAUCUGCCGACCCUGUGACCACAUACUGGGCUUCGAGGAGACUGCACCUUGCACUAGCAAACAGAAAACCCAGUGCCACUGCCAGCCAGGAAUGUUCUGCGCCCUUUGGGACCAUGAGUGUCUACACUGCGAGCCACUCUCGGACUGCCCACCAGGCACUGAAGCUGAGCUCAAAGGUGAAGUUGGGAAGGCUAAUAGCAACUGUGUGCCCUGUAAGGCAGGACACUUCCAGAACACCUCCUCCCCUAUUGCCCGAUGCCAGCCCCAUACCAGGUGUGAGGACCAGGGCCUGGUAGAGGCAAAGCCAGGCACCAGCCAGUCUGACACCAGCUGCAAAAGUCCACCAGAGCCCCCGGAGAUGGCAGGAACUAUGCUGGUGCUGGCCAUCAUGCUGCCACUGGUCUCUCUGCUGUUCCUCACCACAGUCCUCGCCUGCACCUGGAAGAGCCACCCCUCUCUCUGCAGAAAGCUGGGAUCCCUGCUCAAGAGGCAUCCAGAGAGAGAGGAAUCAAAUACCGCUGAUGGAAGCUGGGAGCCUCCAAGCAUCAACCCACAUUUUCCUGACCUGGUAAAGCCACUUCUGCCCAUCCCUGGAGACGUGACCCCUGCCUCGGCCUGGCCCCCAGUGCCCUCAGUUUUGGAGGAAGAGAUGCUACAACAGCAGAGUCCUCUGAGUCAGGCCAGGGAGCUGGAGGCCGAGCUCCCAGAGCAAGGCCAGGUGGCCCACGGUACCAAUGGCAUUCAUGUCACCGGCGGGUCUGUGACUGUCACUGGCAACAUCUACAUCUACAACGGGCCAGUGCUGGGGGGAGCACGGGGCCCUGGAGACCCCCCAGUGUCCCCGGAGCCUCCAUACCCCAUUCCUGAAGAGGGUGCCCCAUGUCCUCCUGGGCUCUCUACACCCUACCAGGAAGAUGGCAAAGCUUGGCACCUGGCUGAGACAGAGACACUGGGCUGCCAUGCCCCCUAACAGGGCCAAGGACCCAAUUUGUGACCCAAGCCUGACAGCGUCUGGGGAAAGCAGGAGAAGGGAGGUACGAGAGCACCUUCUCCCCGAGGUGGCCCUACCCACACAGGAUUGACAGAGGGCCUGGGUAGGGCCCCGCGAGGCACUAAGCAGCCAGGCCUCAGACACGUCUCCGAGAGCAGAGCUGGGCACUGGCUGGGUACAGUGCCCAUCACAGGACUCUCACCACUGC